AUGCCGUCAAAAAGUGCCCAUGGCAAGAUGGAUCAGCAAGAGACUGAUGCGGCAGCGUGGCAAGCUGCGAGAGGUGCUGUCACUGGAGCAGCAAGGUGGGGCAUCUAUUCUGCGGUUGCGGCUGGUAUUGCAUAUGUUUAUUCACCAGUAUAUCGUGGCUUGACGAUUCAAUUCAAAGUCUUCCUCCAAAUGUCUGGCAUGAUCUUUGGUGGUGUCGUAGAAGCAGACGAGCGCCUACGUAUCUAUGGCGACUACUCACGGCGUCAGAAAAUCAUGGCUCGUGAUGCUGCUGUUUGGAGGAAAUACGAAGAAGAGUUUGAGAGUUUGGGCAUUCCCGGUGUUGCUAGCGAGGCCAGGGCGAAGAAAGAGCGACAGCAGGAGGAAUGA